GGGCUUGACUCUUGACUUUUGUCUUUGACAGCUUUUUUGAGGUUAUGUUUACGUUCAAAGUUAACUCCCGCUACUUUUCAAUUUCGGGCAGUUUAUUUUCUCCAGACAAACUAAUAACAAUACUUCAAGAUGUUGGAAAGAGCGACAGUUGACUACCAAAACUUAUCCGAAAGAUUCGCCGAGCAACCCUCGAACUACAGUAAACAAUAUUGCAGUAUAUACUUGAGCCGGUUGAAAGCUAUGGAGGAGUUUUUGAAAGAAAGAGUCAGCGAGACAUGGGGUGACAAAUACCCAAUAUGCAAAUUAUAUAAACUUGUGGAAGAGAACUAUGAUGAGUGUGUUGUAAUUGGUACUAUCUUCAAAAAUCAAAAGUGCAAACCAUCGAUUUUGAGGCAACUUGCUGAAGCCAGUCAACUUGAAAUGCAACCUGUUUUUAGCCGUCCUGAUGAAACCGACCAGUUAUUUAUUGAAGACGAGUUGCAAAGAUAUCAUUUAAUAGGGAACAUUGAUAGUAAAACAUUGGUCACUGGAAUUACCUGCGCAUUACUAGGCAGUGAUAUAGGCAAGGGCAAAUUUCAAGUGAGAGAAUAUUUAUUUGCAGACUAUAGACCACAAAUUGAUCGCCCAAUAUACAAUGAUGAUGUAUAUUUGGUGCUAGCUAGUGGGCUGGACUUUGUGAACAGUCACAAAUUCUUACCAAACUUGGAAAUGUUUAUUUUUUGGCUGAGUGGUAUGUUAGGAUGUGGUGACACAGUUUCCAAGGUAGCUAGGGUAGUCAUUGCCGGAAAUAGUAUAAAGUGUAAGGCAGAGGAACAUUUUUCAUCGAUUUCCUUGACAGCAAGGGUGCCAGAAUCCCAGGAUACAGUUGAAGCUGUAGCAAGGUUUGAUUCUUUCAUAAAGCAAAUCUGUCAGUUGGUAGCUGUGGAUGUUAUGCCAGGAAAACAUGACCCAUCCAAUCAUAUCCUACCCCAAAAACAGAUGCAUUUUUGUAUGUUUCCAAAGUCCAAAGUGUACAAAUCAUUUACUCCAGUCACAAAUCCAUAUUCUUUUUCUUUGGACAAUUUAAGGAUUCUGGGGACAUCUGGCCAGCCUAUAGAUCAAAUACUGCACUACUCUGACUUGGAAGACCCAUUGAAUGCUAUGGAGAGGUGUCUACAAUGGAAUCAUUUAGCUCCCACAGCACCAGAUACACUUGGUUGUUUCCCAUACUAUGAUAAAGAUCCAUUCAUAUUAGAUGAUUGUCCACACAUAUUUUUUACUGGAAACCAGUCACAAUUUGAUACUAGGAUAGUUACAGGAGCAAAAGGUCAGGCUGUGAGACUAAUUUCUGUACCACAAUUUUCCUCGACAUUUGAAGUUGCCAUUCUCAAUUUGAAGGAUCUUAGCUGUAAGCCUUUUUCUUUUAAGAUACACACAUCAUGAGUAAACCAGUAUUUUUUUCAUUAAUAAAUGCCUUUUUCAAUUAA